UUACAGAUGCACUCCUGCUAGAUGAGGGUGAUAUCUGCAACACUUAAAAAGUAAAGUCAGUGCUAAUAGGGUUCAGUUAGUUAACUGCAGAUAUACUUUUGCUUUUCACUGUCCUUGGCUACUGCAUUCACUCAAAGAAGCAAAAAUGGUAACAGAAAGACAAGAUUUUGAAAAGAUGGGCAAUAUGAAUGGAGCAGACUUAUAUGGUAUUUUUGAAAAUUACAACUACACUGAUUUUAUCUCAGAAGAGAAUCAUGCUUCCCCCUGCGCUGAUUUCGGUGAUGACUUCAACAAGAUCCUGCUGGUCACUAUCUACUCCCUCGUGUUCAUAUUGAGUACCUUGGGGAAUUUCCUUGUUGCGCUUGUGAUUAGCUGCAUGCAGCAGCAAAAAACUUCCACUGAUAUCUACCUGUUGAACUUGACUAUUGCAGACCUCCUGUUUGCUUUUACCCUUCCUUUCUGGGCAGUCUACAACAACUCAGAGUGGAUAUUCGGUGACUAUAUGUGCAAAAUUGUAUCUGUCAUGCAGGAGGUGAAUUUCUACAGUGGGAUCCUGUUGCUCGCUUGCAUCAGCGUUGACCGUUACUUGGCCAUCGUGCACGCUACACACGCUGUCACACAGAAACGUCACCUGGUCAGUUUUGUAUGUAUAGGAGUCUGGCUGGUGGCAGCUUUGCUCUCCCUGCCGAUCUUCAUCUCUCGUAAGGCUUUCAAGUCAAAUAAAAAUCUUAUGGUCUGCUAUGAGGACAUAAGAGCGGAGGACAUAGAAGCAUGGCGGAUAAGUAUCCGCUUCCUCCGGCACUUAGUAGGUUUCUUCAUCCCUCUGGCCAUUAUGAUCUUCUGCUAUGGCUUCACCAUCAACACCCUCUUCCGGACCAGGAGCGGGCAGAAACACAAGGCCAUGCGGGUGAUAUUUGCCGUGGUAUUGGCGUUCAUUGUCUUCUGGUUCCCCUACAACAUGACAGUCUUUGUCGAUACCCUGAUGAGGGCGAAGGUCAUCAUUGAGACGUGUGAGGUGCGGCAUCACAUAGACACCGCCCUGCAAGCCACUCAGAUCCUGGCAUUUCUGCACUGCUGCAUCAACCCGAUCUUGUACGCCUUCGUCGGGCAGAAGUUCAGGAACACGUUCUUUAGGGUUCUUAUGCGAAAGGGGUUCAUCAAGAAGAAUUUCUUGUCAACUUAUGGAAUGGGCUCCUCUUACAGGUCUUCUUCUGGGACAACUUCCAUUACUUUAUAGGCCGCUGGGCCUAUAAAGGCCAUCUACAGUUUUCCAAUUAUUUCAUUUCUUCCCUGUUUAAUAUUCUAUUGAUGUAUGUAUAUACUGAUUCCCUAUCUCAUUUCAGAAGCAGUUUUUGCUUCCAAAAAUACUCCUGGAUUAGUCUUUAAGCAAAUAAUGAUCAAUGCAAAAACAAGAGUAGAGAUUCUUACAGGACACACAUAUUAGGAUACUAAACAGGAAAUUAAGUAUUUGGAAAACAGAUACUAUACAUUUUAAAGGCAUUAUUUAGUAUAAGUUUUCUUUUUCUUUUCUUGUAAAUCUUGUACAAUGAAUAUAUGAAUAUGUUUCAUGGUACAAUACAUGAUAAACAGUGCAAUUUGAAAGCAUGCAGUGCUGGUAUUAAAAAUCUAUUAAUAAAAGAGCAAGAGAGGUAUAAUUUGUACCCUGAACUAUACGCUCAUGAAGUAAACACAUCACCAACACUGCACCAAGCUGUCAUAUUAUGGUACACAUAAUCCUACUUUUUAAAAAAGCAGCUGCUAUCAAAUCAUCCUUGUCUGCUCAGAGAAAUGCCUUGGAAACAGAAUUGAUUUACAAAAAACAAUAUGCAUGGAUAUCACAUAUAUUCACAGAUCAUGAAUUCUGAUCAUGCUUUGGUAAGAAUAUGUAUUCACAAACAAAAACAUUAAAUAGAAAGGCAUUUUAGUAAAUUACAAGUGAAAGGCAAUUUUAGAAGCAAUACUGAACUAUAUUUUAAAAUGUAUCAAAGUUUGCAAAGCUAGAUGGAUAGUAUGUUAAAUCUACAUGGUAGAUAUGCAAUACAUUAUAACGAGCAUGGGUAUAGAAUAGUAAAUGCAUAGUACAAGUAUCAGCAAAGCUGAGUACCAGAUUAUGGUGGUAAUAUUUUUAAAGGCUUGUGACAGGGCUAGAAGCCCUGCACAUGAAAAAGGGACGGGGCAAAGCCCUGCUGUAAAAUGUGUUCGUUUUGUAUUAUGAUA